AAAUAAAUAGACAAUUUUAUUUUUUGUAGACACAUGCCAAAAACUUUAUAAACCCAACUCUUAUUUUUACUAUUUAGGUGCAAAAACCAACAAUGUUUGGAGGCCAUGGCUGGUACAACUUCUCGUCAUCACCUUUGGAACCGUGAUAUGGUGGCCACUUUAAAUUUCAGGCACAUCCUUUUUGGGCUGCGUGAAAACGGAAAAAGACCAGAGCGCCUUUGCAGACUCAACGCAUCUCCUUCUGCUGGCUUCAAAAGAAAGGCGACUUCAUCAGCUAGUAGUAGACCAACCAAGAAAAUAACCAAUCCUUUGAAGUUACCGCUACAUUAAUCCAUGAUACAGAAAAGUCUUUGAACAAUAAUUCGUUUCGUCUAC